AUGGCUGAGCAGCAUGCCAACACAGCAAACCUGCUGAUCCCAGGACGGUUGAGGAACAGUAGCAGAAGAGAGAAGAAAACAUCUCUCAUCAUGAAGACUGGAGGAACAAAUCCUGAUCCUUGGGAGAGGAGCCAGGGUGAGAGGCUGUUCGGGAGAAGUCAGGGGAGGAUUAGGCUGUCUCUAGCCCACCCAGGGCUGCUGCUUCUGGGGAUAAUACUGCUAGUCCUCCUGCCCUCUGAAGAAAGUGUCAAACAGAAUGUACCCAGAGUCAAACUCAGCUACAAAGAGCUGGUCCAGGGUGGUAGUGUAUCAGUGUUCCUGAGUCCUACUGAUGGUCUCCAUUCCCACGCUGUGUUGUUGGAUGAGGAGAGAGGCAGGCUGCUGCUGGGAACCAAAGACUCAGUCUACCUACUGGACCCUGACAACCUCAGCAGAGCCCCCAGGAAGAUCAGCUGGCCAUCCUCCAGAGACACAGUGGAGAUGUGUAAACUGGCAGGCAAGAACGCUCAAUUGGAGUGUGCCAACUUUGUGCGUGUGCUCCAUAACUUUAACCAUACCCAUGUGUAUGCCUGUGGGACAGGUGCCUUCCACCCGAUAUGUGCCUUCAUUGUGAUCUCAGGACGCAGAGUGGAGGGUGUGUUCCAGUUGUUGUCUGGUACAGUGGAGUCCGGGAGGCUGAAAUGCCCUUACGACCCCUGGCAACCUUUCACGUCUGUCCUCACAGACCAGUUCAUGUAUGCUGGCACGGCAUCAGACUUCCUUGGUAAAGACACAACGUUCACCCGCUCCUUGGGCCCACCCCCUGACCAGCACUACAUACGUACUGACAUCUCAGAGGAGUACUGGAUCAACGAGGCCAGGUUUGUAUCAGCCCAUCCUGUGUCAGACACCUACAACCCAGACGAUGACAAGAUCUACUUCUUCUUUCGCGAGUCAUCACGUGACAGCAAUGAUAAGAGUGUCCUGUCCCGCGUGGCACGCGUCUGCAAGAAUGACGUGGGAGGGUCGAGGAGUCUGACCAAUAAGUGGACAACGUUCCUCAAAGCCAGACUGGUGUGUUCCAUCCCUGGACCUGACGGAGUGGACACGCACUUUGACGAGCUCCAGGACAUAUUCCUGCUCCCCACCAGAGAUGAGAAGAACCCUGUUGUGUAUGGAGUCUUCACCACCUCCAGCUCUGUGUUCCGAGGCUCGGCGGUGUGUGUGUACAGCAUGGCUGACAUACGAGCUGUGUUCAACGGACCCUAUGCUCACAAGGAAGGACCUGACCAUCGCUGGGUAGAAUAUGAGGGGAGAAUACCUUACCCUCGCCCUGGAACGUGUCCCAGUAAGACAUAUGAUCCCCGGAUAAGGACCACUAAAGACUUCUCAGAUGAGGUGGUCAGUUUCAUCCGCUUCCACCCCCUCAUGUUCCGCUCCGUCUACCCCCUGACCAGCCGACCCGUGUUCACGCGUGUACGUGUUGACUACACACUGACACAGAUAGUGGUGGACCGCGUCAUGGCUGAGGACGGACAGUAUGAAGUCAUGUUUCUGGGGACAGAUGCUGGGUCAGUCCUGAAGGUGGUGAGCAUUACUCAGGAGAACUGGUCUACUGAGGAGCUGGUGCUGGAAGAGCUCUCGGUGUUUCAGGCUCCCACUCCCAUCCUGAGUAUGGAGAUCUCUUCUAAACAGCAACAGCUGUAUGUGGGUUCGGGGGCUGGGCUAGCCCAGGUGUCCCUGAGCAGGUGUCACCUGUAUGGUCAGGUGUGUGCAGAGUGUUGCCUUGCCAGAGAUCCUUACUGCGCCUGGGACGGACACACCUGCUCACGAUACGUCCCAGCAUCCAAGAGGAGAGCCAGAAGACAAGACAUCAAACAUGGAGACCCAUCCAGCCAGUGUUGGGACACAGAGGACACUCUGCGUGGAGGCAGGGUGGAGGAGAGGAUAAUGUUUGGGGUGGAGAAUAACUCAACCUUCCUGGAAUGUCUCCCCAAAUCACAACAGACCACCACACGCUGGUUCAUACACAGACCUGGAGCUGAACACAGAGAGGAGGUGAGGCCAGAUGACAGAGUGGUCCAUACAGGCCAAGGUCUCCUCAUUCGCUCUCUCCAUCCUGCCGAUGCCGGCAUGUACGUGUGUAUGGCACAGGAGCACACACACUUCACACACACUCUGCUCCGCCUCACGCUGCGCCUCAUUUCCUAUGGGCAUCUUGAUGGGCGGCCAAAGCCCAGCAAGGACCCCAGUGUUGAGGUUCGCCCCGGGGCAGAGUCUCGUCAGCGCUAUAAGGACUACCUGCGUGUGAUGAGUUCUCCCAUUGGCUCGCUGGAGGAGUACUGUGAUUCGCUUUGGCUGGAGAAGAGGCCGGCCAGUAGGAGAGGUGGAAGAGGGCAGGGGGUGGGGAAAUGGAAACACAUCCAGGAGCUGAAGAAAAGCAGGAACAGACGACACCACGGAGAGAGGAAUGGAGAGAGGGAUAAAGAGAUGGAUGGAGAGAAGGUAGUGCAGCAGAGGACAGGAUGAGCUGGAGAGGAUACCAAAGAGGAGUGAGAACAGCAGUCACAAAAAGUGUCAUUAGGGGAAACCAUCAAUGUUUAUAGUGGUAAAGGGGGGCCAUGGGUAAGAUGAUCAAAUAAGUAGUUAGACUUGAGGGAAAGUU